AUGUUUUAUGAACAAAUUAAACUCUUUCAAACUAAUGUUUCCAGCCCCCGUUCUCAGUUCCUUCCAAAACUAUUUAAUGACUCUAAAUGACCAAUUAAUUGCUGCAGUUAUACACUGAAUCAUGUAGUUACCUAAUAAUCAUAUAUAGUUUGCAGCCAUUGCAAUAGUCCUCAUUGUUUUCUCCAAACCUCUACUUCUCUCAUUUCUCUCCAAAAUCUUCCUAGUUUUGUUGCAAUACUCUCACCUUAAACACUCAGAAAAUGUUGUCUUAUAGGUUGUUUAUCCGUGUUCUUGCUGCUGUUUUCUUAGUAUUAGCAUCAGGCAAUGCUGCGCUACGAAGAAACCUUGGAAAAAGCAAAGUGAUUAUUUGUCCAUCAAUCUUUGUUGAUCCAUCAGGUAUAGGCAAUUUCACAACCAUCCAAGCCGCUAUCAAUUCUGUCCCUUCUUACAACAAAAGAUGGAUAUGUAUACGCAUCAAAGCAGGCGUGUAUAGAGAACAGGUUACAAUUCCUUUUGACAAGCCCUUCAUCUACCUCAAAGGAGAAGGGAAACGAAAGACGUCUGUCGUGUGGGAUGCUCAUGAAUCGAUUGCAACCAGUGCCACUUUCACUUCUCAAGCAGACAACAUCAUGGCCAAGAGCCUAACCUUCAUUAAUUCUUACAACUAUCCCCUGAAUGGCUCCGGCAAUCCAAUGAGGCCGGCCGUUGCAGCCGUGAUUGAGGGAGACAAGUCGGCCUUCUUCCGAUGUGGAUUCAUAGGACUGCAAGAUACAUUAUGGGAUGUUUCAGGUAGACAUUAUUUCAAACUUUGUACCAUCCAGGGAGCUGUAGAUUUCAUCUUUGGUUCCGGCCAGUCGCUUUAUGAGAGAUGUUCGAUAUCAGUAGUAGCAGGAGCUCUAAAUGGAGUUGCAGGCUACAUCACAGCUCAGGGAAGAUCAGAAGCUAACGAAACAAACGGGUUCGUGUUUAAGGAAUGUAACAUAUUUGGAAAUGGGAAGACAUUCUUGGGAAGACCCUGGAGAGAUUAUGCCAGAGUUUUGUUCUACAACUCUUCCAUGUCCGACAUUGUUGUCCCUCAGGGAUGGGAUCCUUGGUUCAGCACUGCCCAUCUGGAGAAGUUGAGGUUUGCAGAGGUCGAUUGUCGUGGAUUAGGUUCCGACACCUCAAGGAGAGUGAGUUGGGCCAACAGGCUGGACAAGGGAGAGUUGCAACAGCUGACCAGCAUUUCUUACAUUGAUGAUCAUGACGGUUGGCUUUCAACAUUUUCAAUUAUUAUAAUUCCAGAUUGAUAAAAAAUCAAUUGUGUAUCCCUCG